AUGAGCUGGCUCCUCUACCUCUCCGCCGCCCCUGUCGCGCUCAUCAUGCUGCUCCGCGCGCUGUCUCUCGUGCUGCCCGGACGGCUGGGCCAGCAAGCUACCUUCGUUGCAUUCAGCAUCACCGCGUUCCUGCUGCUGGUCACGUGCGCGAGCUACGGCGUCGUUGCUAGUUUGUUCCUUAGGGCGAUUGGGUAUGGCGGGUUGAGCCAGUGGACGGUUGGGAGGGCGUUCAAGUGGACCAUGUGGUUGAGCACAGGUGUUACGUUCCGCGUUGAUGAGGCGGGUGGACGGGAAGAGGGUGGGAGAAGGGGAGGGAAGGAGGCGCUGGAGACGAGGCCGGCGGUGUUUGUGGGGAAUCAUCAGACUGAACUCGACGUCCUCAUGCUCGGCUGCAUGUUCCCCCCCUACUGCUCCGUCACCGCCAAAUCCUCACUCAAAUACACCCCCUUCCUAGGCCAAUUCAUGUCCCUCUCCAAAACCGUCUUCAUCGACCGCGCCAACCGCGCCACCGCGCGCGCAGCCUUCGACGGCGCUGCAGCCACAAUGCGCAACGACCGCCAAUCCGUCUUCAUCUUCCCCGAAGGCACGCGCUCGUACGCCACAGACCCGACCCUGCUUGCCUUCAAGAAGGGCGCGUUUCACCUCGCCGUGCAGGCCCAGGUGCCCAUUGUGCCCGUCGUGACGGCGAAUUAUAGCCAUGUGCUCGAUAUGAAGAGGAAGAUUGUUAGGCCGGGCGUUGUGGAUGUUACGGUCUUGCCGGCGAUUCUGACCAAGGGGUUGACGGCGGCGGAUGUCGAUGGGUUGGUCGAGAGGACGAGGAAUGCGAUGAUGGAUGAGCUUGUUAGAUUGAGCCAUGUUAGUGGGGCGAAGGAGGGGAAUGGUGUGCCGCUGCCGAAGGCGAGUGGUGUGGAGGAGGUCAGGAAGGAGUUGAGGCAGCGGAAUUAG